GAGCACAGGUGAAGUUUUAUUUGACUUCCUGGGCUCAGUGUUGCCUAGUUGUCAGACAAAUAUCUGGAGAAAAAUGGCAGAGGGUGGGUUUGAUCCAUGUGAAUGCAUAUGCAGUCAUGAACAUGCAAUGAGACGACUUCUCAACCUGCUCCGCCAGUCUCAGUCCUACUGCACAGACACAGAGUGUCCUCAGGAAUUACCAAGUCCCAGUGGGUUUACUGGCCAGAAUGACUUCACUUUGCAGAUGGUCAUCAUUGGAUGGAUAGUACUGGCACUGCUGCUGUUUCUGACACGGCCACCAAGUCUAAGAGGUUCUCAACCCACAGACAAAUCCUUUGGACCUCCCAAUAAUGGCAGUCAAGAACCUCCUGCACCCCCAGUAGAUUAGCAUUGAAACCGUACACUGAAUUGAAUACAUUUAUCAUUUAGAGUGAGCCAGGAACUGUUACGACCAUAGACAGUCUGUGGUUAUCACAUCUUCUCCAGCUUUAUUUUAUGUUUUAUGUUCUUUUUUUUUAAUGACAGAUAUGUUUGUUUAAACAUUGCUACUACUGUAGGGUGACCAGAAGUACUGUUUACCUGGGACUGUCCCAGUUUUGAGUUCUGUGUCACAUGUCCCAGCAGAUUUACCCAAAGCCCAGUUUUAUAAAAAAAAAUGUCCCAGGUGUCUCUGUUGCUGCCUAACUUGAUAUCCACCAACAGUGAAAAAGGCAUAUACUGUCAUUUGAUUAACCAAAAUACAGAAAAACAUGCUUGAAAAUGACCAGAAGACAAAGAAAAUGUAUGCACAGUUGAACUGACUGAAGUUUCUCAGAUGAUACUGACUCAUACAUAAGUCGUGAAUAAGCCCUGAAUAAGUCAUGAAUCGACCGAGUGCAUAAGGCUCUUUUCAUAAUUUUACUUUUACCAACCAUCCUAAACCGGGGGUGUCCCAGUUUUUGAAUAUCAGGUUACCCUAUACUACUGAGAGUAUCUCAAGGCACCAUGAUGUCCAAUGUGCCAAUAAUAUAAUAUAUAUACAUUAAUAAUUACAUACACACAUUUUAGUAAACAUAUGUUACACAUUUCUGUUUUGGACUGACUUAAUCAGUCUCGUGAGUAAGCUCACAUUUUGCUAACAAACUCAAAAUGAAGGAAAAAGGCAUGGGUAAGAAGCUUUCAUUCCAGAGCAGAGAUAUUCUUACGUAAUUUUUAAACAAUCUUUUAAACUUGCACAUGCUUAACAACUUUUAUGUUUCUGGACUCACCCAAGUAGUUACUAAUCUAGGUUUAGAAACACACAGCUGAUUGUUAAGCAAGGUAAUUAUGCUUGACACAAUAAUUCAGACAACAGAAGCAAGACGCAAAAAAUGUAGAACAGAAACCCCCGUGAAAAAGGUGAUGUGUCUCAAGGGGCAAACCAAACUGGAUAAGAAUUUAAAAACACAUCCAUAACAUCUUGUUGUAUUUCAAGUCACUUUUGUGUAUCAACACUAUUAGCACUUUAAUUACAGUAAAUCUCUGUUUUACUUAGGGGAG